AAUUGACGUCCUAAAUCUUCUAUUUAUGAGGUCGACCGGAUCUGUUUUGCACUCAAUUGCUACGAGCAUUUGGGCCAUUUAUUUUCGUUUUAAUUUAGCCGAGGUCGACCUAUGAUGCUUCUGAGGUCGACCUAUGAAGGCAAAAGUUCGAGUUGUGCCUUUGUCUUUGAAUUAUUUGUGCAAAACUAACACUGGUCGACCUCUUCUAUUUAUGAGGUCGACCGGAUCUGUUUUGCACUCAAUUGCUAUGAGCAUUUGGGCCAUUUCUUUUCGUUUUAAUUUAGCCGAGGUCGACCUAUGAUGCUUCUGAGGUCGACCUAUGAAGGCAAAAGUUCGAUUUAUUUGUGCUAAACUUAUUGAGGUCGACCUGUGAUGAUAUUGAGGUCGACCUCGGGCCAUUUAAAUCGAUUGAAAGCCAAUUGUGACUUUCAGAAGGAGUGCAGUGCAGGACAUUAGGCCACCUCGCUAUGCACUCGAAGACACAAACGUUUGUGUCUUCGAGUGCAUAGCAAGGUGGUCUAAUGUCCUGAAUUGCCUUUCAAUUGAUUUAAAUUUUCCGAGGUCGACCUAUGUUUUUUCUGAGGUCGACCAUGAUUUUCAAUCGAUUUAAAUUUUGUACUUGAAUUGUUACGGGUUUAUGUCGACUCAUUCUCGUUUUAAAUUAACUGAGGUCGACCUAUGAUUCUUCUGAGGUCGACCCAUUCUCGUUUUAAAUUAACUGAGGUCGACCGCUUUAUGGAGUGGCCGACCGCGUAUUGUUCAAUUCGAAAAUGUGACUAACGUGUAUUCUUGCUUGUUUAAUGGCAGGAUGUUUGGCAAAAAUAAGAAAAGUAAGUCACAAAAAGCUGCUGCCUCAAGUUCGGAAUGGGAAGAGUUCAAUCCCAAACUGUUCCAGACCAAGGAUCAAAGUGACAACUAUGAAGAGAAGAGAAUGCACAACCGCAGGGUGGCUCCUGGAAGGCCAUUGACGACGGAUGCGUAUUCUCAUUUCGAGAAUUAUGGGUUUCUGGGACCCUUCAUCGAGCAAGAGUGGCUGAAGGUGAUAUCUCUCAAUGUACCAUACUACCCAAAACCGGUACAGUACUUCUACAACAACAUCGUCUACGAGCGCAAUGCAAAUGGAUCCAUUCACGCAUUCAAAUCCUAUGUGAAUGGGGUGGCGAUGCGCAUCAGCAAGAAUGUGUUGGCGGAAGUACUUGAGGCUCCAAACGAGGGGAAGAGAAUCAAUUCUUACGGUGCUUGGAAUGAAACGCAUUUCACGAGAGCCAAGCAAAUCCAGACGGUAUGUGGUCUUGAUGAAGAGGAAGAUGCUCAGGGGCGCAAUAGGCCAACGAGUAACCACCUGACAGUUCAAGCCAGAGUUCUUCACCACAUGCUUUCCUACAACAUUCUGCCAAAGGGUGGACAUCGGGAGACAGUCACCUACUUCAACAUGGAGCUCCUCACCAACCUACUGUUAAGCGAGAAGGUGAACUUGCCAUACUUGAUCUUUAACCACAUGCUUACUGCUGCAGAGAGUUCAAACAGGAAUCUUCACUAUGGGAUGAUCCUCACUGUGCUAUUUGAGCAUUUUAAUGUGAAUUUAAGUGAAGAGGUGGGGUUAAGAAUCUCAAGGCAGGAGUUCUAUACUGUUUCAUCUCUGAAAAAGAUGGGCUUUGAGCUGCGUAAUGGUGAGUAUGUCAGAGUAAACAAUGCUCAUGGUGGUGAUGAUGAUGAUGAGGGUGAUGAAGGAGCUCGAGACGAGCCAAUGGCGGAGGCACAGAGUUCAACUCCACCGAUCACCUUACAGCGUGUCUGGGAGUGCAUGGAUGGCAUGUACGAGUACAUGGGCCAGAUGUCCACCCAGAUGACUGGCAUGCAUGACUACAUGGGGCAAAUGACCGCCCAGAUGAGCACAAUGCAGGUGACCGUGAAUGAGAUGCGAGAUGAGUGGCGAUCUUUCAGCGGAAGAUACAUGCAUCCCACCACAUCCGACCACCAUCAUGCUAGCACCACCAAUGAAGAAAAUGUGGAUGAGAGAGAGAGGGGAGAUGAGUAGGAGAAAUGAGUUUUUAUAUUGUGUGUUUUAGUGGUCAGAACGAUUGUUGAGUGUUAUUUUGUUGUUUUUUUAGUUUUAUUUUUAUGUGUGAACAAUUAUGAUUUCUGUUUUAUUUUUAGUUGUUAUGCUAUGAAUUGAUGAGUCCUUGUUAUAAUUAUUUAUGACUAAUUAUGAUGGUUUGAAACAAAAUUUAUACGAUUAAAAGAACCACACAAAUCGACAUACAUAAGCAAAAAGGACACGGGGCAUAGGGUGACUUUCUUGUAUUCGGUCGACCUCGUACCGGAUUAGGUCGACCGCGAAACCAACACUUGAUCUUGAUUUUACGUCAAAUAAUUGGACACUUUGAUAGAACACUUAUCUUCUAUCUGGUCGACCUCUUUCCUCAUCCGGUCGACCAUUUUGUUAAUGACUGCCAUCAAGUGGUCGACCUAUAUACCUUAGGUGGUCGACCAUGUUGUUUCUGACGCCAACGAAAUGGCCGACCCAGGUUUUAUUCUGGUCGACCAAAAAUAACAACUUAAACUAAGUGCGGUCGACCAGGUGGUCGUUGAGGUCGACCGCAAUGCUUUCUCGUGCUGCCCAAAUUAGUCGAUUCGGUCGACCUCCUUCAGCAAUAGGUCGACCGAAAAGUGCAUGGCACCGUGACAUGCAUGUCAUAGUAGGCAUACCCAAAGAUUUAUAUUGUCCUAAUGAUUAAUAACUUUCAUAAAUUAUUUAUAUUAUUCCAGUUAGAUACAAAAUGAUAUAUGAGUGUGGAUUGGGCGGAAAAUAAUUUGGAUUUUGACAAAAUCUAAACUCAAUCCAACUUAUCAAUUUCAACGGGGAUAAAACUCACACCCAAACCAAUCUUUUAAUAAAAGGAAAACAUAUUCUCUAAGAUAAUCAUAAUUUGUAGUACCCUAAAAGAAAAGAGUUAUGUUCUUACGUCUUACUUUGUAAACAUAUUAUUUAGAUUUAUUCAAAUUAAAUGAUAAGAACUAUCUAUAUAAAUUUCUAUGCCGUUGAUUCUUACUUUGUCGAUUGUCUUUAUCAUAGACUAGUUCAAAAGCAUAGUCAAUUUAGAUUCUGCUGUUAAAACAAUGGCAAAUUUGUUUUUUUUUUUACAUAUAUGUAUUCUUGUGAAUAUACAAAAAUAUUAUAAAUGUAUUAACAAAUUUUUAAUGCAUUGUCAAAAGUAAGGUUUGGUAUGUGAGUGUGUAUGUCAUAUUAGUUAAGAGUUUAGAUAACAAUCUCAAUUUAAUUAUCUUAACAACCUCAGUUAAAAACUGAGAUAUAACAAUCACUCAUUUUAAAUAAUAGGAGUUGUUUGAAAGUUUGAGUGUCAGAUUAUUUAUUUAGGCAAUACAUGCAAUCAGAUAAUACAUCAUUUAUUUAUUUUUAAAUGAAACACAAUAUUUGUAUUUGAGUAGAAAAUAGUACCACCAGAAGUAUUCAUUAUGGAUUAUUGUCAAUCUCAGCUUUUAGCUGAAAUUGUCAAUCCCUCAAUUUUUCUUCAGCAUUUUUGAGGGACCACUAAAAAUAUUCAAACCUUAGACAAUGUAUUUUCAAAUGCAUUAAUUGAAACAAUGCAUCAAAUUAGAAUAUAUAAAUUAAUUAAAUGCAUCAAUGUGGAGAGUCCUAACUACAAAAAAUGAUUUUGUAUGAAAAAAAACAAAUAAAUAAUUAUUUCUAUAACAAUAUAAAUAUAGUAACAAUCUAGCGAAAAUAAUUGCACUUCAGAUGACCCUUACUUUAGGUGACAUUAUGUAACUAUAGAGAGCCUAAGCUAAGUCAUAUUAGGGUUUCCUUUGUGAGUGUUAUAACUGUCCUAUUACGGAUCAGGAAAUCGCCGGAAUUGAGAAAAAAAAAUACGAAAGCGAGAAUCGAAAACAGACAUACGAUUUACGUGGUUCACUAACACGAUGUGUGUUAGCUAGUCCACGGGCGAGAGAGAACCAGUUUCACUAUAUCGAGGAGAUUACAUAUUACAGAGGAAAUAAGAAGUAUUUAUACUU